AUGUCGAAUCCUUCGUACGCCGUGCUAGCGCUUAUUCCAGCUGUCGCAUGGCUUUUGUACCUCCAAAUAAGCCAAUGGCGCUUCAAGCGAUAUGCACAUAUUCCCAGCAAGCUGUCAUCAAACUUCCUCUUUGGGCACCUUGGUUAUAUCGCGGCUGAAUACAAAAGGGCUGGCUUCAGCAUUACCGUCCACCCGGACUAUGUGUUUGAAAAUAUAUGGAAAGCCCAAGGUAGCCCAGAGUUCAUGUUUUUCGACACAAGACCUGUGCAAUACCCACUCGUUCUCAUUGCAUCCCAUGAGAUGGCAGAGCAAGUUUCAAGAGCUAGCAAAACGCAGCAGUACAGCGUCACCAAAUCUCCAACGGUCCAGCAAGGGUUCGGGGAGCUCGUUGGGAGGUAUUCCUUGAUUAGCGAGAAUGGCGAAUCCUGGAGAGGACUUCGCAAGACCUUCAACCCAGGUUUCGCCCCGCAGCAUUUGCUUACGCUACUUCCUGUCAUCGUUGACAAAACGUAUACGCUUAUUGAAAGACUGGACGCAUUGGCAGCCUCUGGCAUCGCAGCCGAGAUGGAAAGUUACUGCACUGAUGUAACCUUCGAUAUUAUUGGCGACGUUGUGACCAACAUUGAUUGUAGGGCCCAAGACGAUGGCGAACAAGCCCAUGAUAUCGUCCGUAACUUCCGCACACUCAAGGCUGUAUACACUGGUGACAACGGUCUAAUGGCCUCCUGGUUGAACCUGCCAUUGCGCGUCAAGAAGUACAUUUACAGCCGACGGCUGGACUCGGCUGUCAAGAAGUGCAUUGUCGAGAAGUUCGCAGAUAUCAAAGCAGCUCAGCAUUCCGAUACAAAGAAAAACAAAGACCGAUCGGUGCUGGCCCUGGCACUAGAGGGUAUUGAUGAGCUGACCCCCUACAUAUUGCAGAGUACUGCAGACCAGGUCAAAUCAUUCCUUUUUGCAGGACACGAUACCACCGCUAUCCUCCUACAGAGAUUGCUUUACGCCCUCUCAAUACACCCGGAUUGCCUUGCGAAAAUCCGCGCGGAGCAUGAUGCUGUCUUUGCUGACUCCGAGCCACGCGAUGUAUUCCUCAAGCGACCGGAUGAGACUAUGAAAGCGCUCAAGUAUACAUCUGCAUGCAUCAAAGAGGCUUUGCGACUUUGGCCUCCAGCAGGUUCGGCACGAAUGUCACACAACGGUUUCAAGCUACACACUUCAGAUGGAGAUGACGUAUGUGUCGACAAAUGUGUCAUAUACUUGUGCCAUCAUAUCAUUCAGCGAGAUCCCAAGGUGUACGGAGAGACAGCGAACGACUUCGUUCCCGAGCGCUGGGUUGGCGACUCCGAUACCAGCAGCACUCCGACUGAAGACGACGGAUCAACUACUGGCGAGAGCAAGAUACCCAUUAGCGCAUGGAGGGCCUUUGAAAGAGGACCACGCAAUUGUAUUGGUCAGGAACUUGCCAACAUGGAGGCCCGCGUCAUUCUAGCAUGCAUCAUGCGAAGGUAUGACUUCGUUAAGGUCGGACUCGGAGAAGUCGAGACGGACGAAGCGGGUCAGCCUAUCAUGGACCAGAAGGGCAGAUACAGAACAAAGUCCGAGUUGAUCAACACAAUGUCCAUUACCUCAAGACCUAUCGACAAGACCGUCAUGCGUAUCAAGCUUCGCGAAUCCGCGGACCAAUAA